CUGUUCAUCAAGUUUGGUUGAGUUGUUUAAGAGUUCAUGUCAGACUUAAAGAAGCGUGAAAAACUCGCGCCUUCACAAAUUAUGAGCGGCUGAUCAGUUUGCACUGAGUUUAUGUUGACUGUGUGUCAGAUCAACAGCAGAAUGAAAUGGCCGCGCUAGUGGACAACGACACGAGCUUCAUUCAGAAGAGAAACUCCAGCACAACUCAAGACUCACAGCAGCCGUCACCUUUAGCGUUGUUGGCAGCCACAUGCAGUCGGAUUGAUGAAAACGACACAGUAGAACAGUCACGGCAAAGCCAGACACAGGACACACAGAUUGACCUCCAUCAAUCCCAUCUGUCACAAGCCACCAACGGCUGGCACAUCAUACCUGCAGGAGUCCCAGUGUCCACCAGCUCCGGUACCUCUCCCACGACAACCUCAGAGGACAAAAGCCGAUCUGUGGCGUCCACGGGGGCUGUGGUGCAGCAGCAGUAUGUGAUGGCAUCCUCACAAAACCUACAAAGUCAACAGGUGCUCACUACCCUCUCUGGUGUGAUGCCAAAUAUCCAGUAUCAGGUGAUCCCACAGUUUCAGACCGUAGAUGGACAGCAACUCCAGUUUGCUCAGACAGCCCAGGACAUGUCAGCCACAACAUCGGGGCAGUUUCAGCUGGUAUCCUCGCCCAACGGUAAUCAGCAGCUCAUCGCUGCCCCCACCAACCGAGCUGCUGGUGCUGGCAACAUCUUAACCGUCCCUGGCCUUUUCCAGCAAGCAAUCCCUCUGCAGAACAUAAGUCUGGGUGGUGCAGUGUUGCCCAAUCAGCAGUUCCUUACCAACAUGCCUGUACCACUAAAUGCUAACAUCACCCUUCUCCCGGUGGGCUCUGCUGGCACUGUUGGACCUGUAAGUGACCCAAACGCUGGAGGAACCUUAGGAGCUUCUCAACAGCUGCUCCAGAGCACAUCGUCUACAAGUGCAACAGAGUAUUGCACUACUUCUACCAGCACACGAACGGCUUCAUCAGGUGGCGUUGUAACACUAACACAGAGUAACAAAGGAGAGUCUGGAAAGUCCUUCCAGAACAUGUCCGGAGUGUCUGAUAAUAGAGACGGACAAAAACCGUGUCAAGCUCAGAUUCUCAUUCAGCCACAGCAGGUCCUACAGACCGUCCAACCCGGAUCCGUCUCUGCCGGCGGUCAGAUGUUUGCAACACAGACCCUGUCUCAGGAUGGAGUGCAGAACGUUCAGAUCCAGACCAUCGCCAGUGGCAGCCCCAUCCUGAUCCGUACCGUAGGUCCGAAUGGCCAGAUCAGCUGGCAGACCCUUCAGUUGCAGAGCCCCGCUAACACCCAGAUCACAUUGGCACAGCCCGGGACACCGGGAACCGUACAGCUCUCUGGUCUUCAGACCAUCAAUUUGAAUACGCUUGGCAAUGCAGGGCUGCAGAUGCAUCAGCUGCAGGGUGUUCCUAUCACCAUUGCCAACACAACAGGUGAUACGAGUGGGGCAGCUGGAGAUAAUCUGGAUGACAGCGGUGUGCUGGAUGAGAAUGUGGAGAGCAGCCCGACACCCACCAGCAGACGCACACGCAGGGAAGCCUGUACCUGCCCGUACUGCAAAGACGGAGAAGGACGCAAUGACCCCUCUAAGAAGAAACAGCACAUCUGUCACAUUCCUGGAUGUGGCAAGGUCUAUGGGAAGACAUCUCAUCUGCGAGCACACUUACGCUGGCACACGGGAGAGAGGCCCUUUGUUUGCUCCUGGUCCUUCUGCGGUAAACGUUUCACACGCUCGGAUGAACUGCAGCGACACAAGAGGACACACACAGGUGAAAAGAAAUUCUCAUGCCCAGAGUGUCCCAAACGUUUCAUGCGUAGUGACCACUUGUCCAAGCACAUCAAGACCCAUUUGAAUAAGAAAGGAUCUACUGGGGCUGUGAGCAACACCGAUAACAGCAUCAGCACUGUGACCGCCACUGACGGCUGUGCCGCAGGCAACACGACACCUGAUCAGCAGACUCUAGUUACUAUGGACCCAUCAUCCGAAGGGUUUGCGCGGUUAGCGUCCAGCAGCAUCAGUGUCUUGCAAGUCACAGAUCUGCACUCCAUUAAUUUGAAUAGCAAUGGCUAUUAAUGCACUUUGGGUGGUUAGAGCGGCGUGAGCAUUUGGAGAGAUCUGACUGAGAGGAAUGAAUGCACUGCAGUUUGUAGGCAUUAAAAUGGCGGCUCAGGCAUGGAGCCUCCGGUGAGCGACAGCCAUGCUUUCACGGAGGAUGGAAAGAGGUGUGAUAGUGCACCUCAGUGGUGUUUACCUCAUCCUCUUUGAGACUCCAGACUCCUCACUUUUUUGCAUCCCUUCCAUGUAUAGUCUGAAUCCAAGUUUUCUCAGCUUUCUUUUCCCCUCUUUUACUGAUUCCCUCAACUCAAAUUGUGAUGUGGUCACCUAAACAUCACUCAGCGGUCCACGUGAUGUCAAGAAAUGGAGAUAUAUUGGGUUAAAACAGAACGACACCAAAAGAAAGAUUAAACUGCGUAAAAGUGGUAUCAUAAUCUUCUUUUUAAUAGUUUACUCACAAGCCAUCAUGCUUUCAUGUAUUAAUCACAGUAAAUAAGAUAAAGCAAAAAGAUUUGAUGCUUUUUGUACAUAAGUUAUAUUUUUUCUAAGUAUGGAGAACUGCAAGUUCUGAAAUGACCUUUGUUUUGUGAAUGUAUGAAUUAUGCAGUCUUAAAUGUCACCAUUUUUAUAUUAUGUAGAUCUUCCAUAACAUUUUUUUUUGUAUUGCUUUAGUUCUUUGUCUUGAUAUACAAAACACAUUUUAGUUACAGUAAAUGCAUACCGUCGCUUAAUGCUAAUUGUCCCAGUUUUCUUGGUCGCUGUGGUCUUAAUGUUUCGUUUAUAGGGAAAAUGUUAACCAGUUAAAAUACAGAUGCCUUAAACCCUUUAUUUAGAGAGGGCUCUUUUAUGAAUUUGAGUUCAAACCAAAGCUCUACACUUUCCAUUACAUGUUAACUCAGGUGAAUGUUACUCUUUUGGUGUUAAGCAUUCAUAAUUAUUAAAUUAAGAUGAACUUCAAGAAAGACUCCUUGUAGUUAUU